GCGCGUAGCGUUAUAAUACGACGCGGCAGAAGGACUUCCUUCCGGCGGGUUGUGUCAGUGCGUGUUUCGGCAAAUAAAAAGGUUUAAAAGCGUAGAUCUCAAAAUUACCCGUCCGGACCAAUGCAGCAAAACGGAGCUGACGCGGACCGCUUCCUAUACUCAGUGCGAAAUGCGUCCCCUACGGUGAAGGAGGCGCCGGAGAAGUGCUUCUUCCUAGCCAAAAAAUUCCUUCAGAACAGAGAGCACGAGCAGGCUAAGAGACAUGUGUCAGCGUACCUGGGCGUUAAGGAGAGAGACCCGAAGGCACACAGACUGUUGGGGCUGAUCUUUGAGAAGGAAGGAGAUGUAAACAAGGCUGUGGGCUGUUACAAGCGCUCUGUGGAUCUGGACCCAAGACAAAAGGAUGUCGUUCUCAAAGUGGCUGAGCUGCUCUGUGACUUGCCAGAGACAGACAGCAGGGCAGAGUUCUGGGUGGACAAGGCAGCCAAGCUUCUACCAAACCAUCGUACUGUCUUCCAGCUGAAGGAGAAGCUGCUCAGUGCACAGGGUCAGCGAGGCAGGAACCAGCUGUUUAACCUGCUGAAGUCUCAGCUGAAGGUGUGCCCAAGUGACCCCUACAUCAACGUGAAGCUGGUGCAACUGUACUGUUCUGACGGGCAGUUAAAGGAAGCAGUUGACCACUGCCUUGCUGUGGGGAGGAAAAGGGACAUGCGAUACAGCCUGGACUGGUACUCCACAGUCAUGCAGACAGUUCAGGAAUACUUGACCCAGCCCAGUGUGCUGUCCAAUCACAGUUUGUGUUCCUUGCUUAGAAGGGAGUUGCUCUUGGCCCAUUGCAACUUGCUAAGACUGACUCUGUUUGAGCCAGGGGUGGAGCAGAGUGUGAAAACCCUGCAAAGUUUCGACCAAGCCAUGCAGUCUGUGAAGAUGGCAUCGGGUAAUACUGCAAACGGGCUUACUGAGUUGCUCUCCGAGCUCAGAGGUCACCUAUACCUGUACGCUGGAACAUUCUUCCUGAAGAUGGUGCACAACAGAGAGUAUCAGAAGAAGCUUGGAGUGCAGCUGGCAUCAUUAUGCUACCUUUUAGCCUAUCAGAUUCCCAGACCGAAGAGCAGACCUUCUAAAGGGGAGCCAGCUGCCAGUCAGCUGUUGGAUCUCCUGGCCUGUGAUCGCAAAAGCCAGUCUGGGCACAUGCUUCUGAGCCUGGCCCAGGAGGGUGAAUGCUUCAAGAAGAUUGUGGAGGACCUCGGCAAUGAGCCUGGGAAGAAGCUUCUGUUUGAGGACCUCUUUGGUCAACUGUGUCCAGCUCACCAAUCCUUCAUUGCCAAUGACAACAUACGUGGUGUGAGCACAAAGAUGCCAGAGAUAAGCGACCUUGAGAAACUGGAUAGUGAUGCAGUCUUGCUGUGUGGAGAGAGCCUGCAGGAGCUGACCUGGCUGGGCUUGCAGUUGGUGCUCUUGGGUCGCAGACCUUGUUUUGGGGCCUGGCUCAAAAAAUUGUUUCCCCGCCACAGCCAGGAAACCUUCAAACUAGACAGUAAUGCCACUGAAUCCAUUUGUCUGCUUGACCUUGAGGUGUUCCUGUGUGGCGUAGUGUUCACCAGCCCGUUGCUGCAGACAGGCCACGGCGUUCUGCCACCUUGCUGUUUGCCCUUGCAGAUCAUAGGGCAAUUAGCCACAGAGAGACAGAGUGAAUGGUGGGACGACGCUUGUUGUUUCAUCAACCGAAAAGUGACGUUGUCGAACACGGCGAGGGUGCAGAAGACCAUCCAGUGUGGGCUGGACACCCUGAAGGGGAUAGGGACGCUACACGGUCUGCAGCCGGCACUGCUCAUAUGCUGGGCACAGCACCUCAGUUACAUGGGUCAUAGCCUGAGGUCCUGUGACAAGAGGGCUUAUAUUGGUCGUAGUGUGCAUUACUGGGCUGUUGUGAAGCCCUUGCUUCAAGACAUUAAGGCAAACCGGGGUAUUCCUAUACCACUCGAGCCCUUGUUUCCACACGUUCCUGAUAAAGAUAUUCAGGUAUCGGCUGUCGUUGGGUAUGAAAACGAGGCAGAAACAGUCUUUGCGGUGCUCCAGGAUAUCAAGGGAGAGACAGAGCACGCAAUUUCUAUCCUGGAGAACACCAAGACCAUUUCUGCAUUCUGGCAUUUGGCACAGAUCUUUAAAAGGCGUGAAGAGGCGGCUAACAGUUCAGAAAAAGCUGAAUAUCUUCAGAAGAUACGGAAGUAUUUAACCAAGGUGUGCCAAGCCGAUGCUGCCGAUCUUGAGAAGGUGCAGCUGCAAUGCUCAAUGCUUUCAAUGGAGGAACUCAUGGAUUGGCUGAGCGAGGUCAGGCAGCAGCUGGGGGAGGGUACAGAGGCCCUGGAAGUUGAGGCUGCCUGUCAGGAGUUGCAGCCCGGCACUAGUCCCAUCUUUGUGCUGCCGGAGCCCUCUGAUCCCUCCUCACUGAGCUCUAGGUCCUUGCCAGCCAAGAGUGUGGCUUCACCCUCAAAAAGGCUUGUGUUCUCACCUAAGACCCCUCCUCAAUGGGCUGAGGACCAGACGUCUAUGUUCCAGAUGUUGUUCCAAGAAAUGGAGGCCCUAACGAAUGAGCUACACAACUGGUCUGGAUCCAUGGCAUCCACCAACCCUCGGGUACCUGUGGACGCCCACAAAGUGGAAUCUCAAGGGGAGUCUUUUUCACCGGCCCAGAACUUGCACGGUGCCCCCCUCACAGUGGCUACAACUGGUCUUUCUGGGUAUUACAGUCAGCCUCCUGCUUAUAAUUCUCAGUACCUCCUUCGUACAGCUACCAAUUUAACCCCAACUAAGGCUCCAGUGUAUCGGAUGAACAGUCUUCCCCCCCAGCCACGCAUGUAUCCCCAUGACCAGCUGUAUGGUGCUCCUUUGCACUUUGAUCAGCCAGCACCUAGCCUUCUCUCCCCCUACGGCGAGGACUACUAUAACCAUGCUGUUUCUCAGUCCACUACUAAUCCCACUCUACCUGAGCCCGGUUAUUUCACCAAGUCAAAGUCACAGCCACAACCACCGAAAUGUGGGGAAGAAAAAUUCCAUGACCUUGUGAAGGCUGGUUUUGACCAGCCAAGCCCAGCUGUGCAUCUUAAAGCUGGAGUAAUAGCCCAGUCUACCCCAGCAGCUGCCUUCAAAUUCAAUUCAAAUUUCAAAUCAAAUGAUGGAGAUUUUACCUUCUCAUCUGCUCAAGCAAAAAACAAUGAAAGUCUUCUGAGGCCUUUGACCUCUGAUAUGCAUAUAGGAACUGAAGGGUUUCUAGGGGAGACGUGUCCUGAUGAAGACCAGAUACCUGGCCAGAGUGGGAUCUUUAGUUUUGGCUAUAAAGAUUCCUCUGGGAUUUCACCUACCAGUGCUACACAGAGUCCAAGUAACCAGAACAUAUUUGCUGAGAAAGAAAAGCCAUUCACUUUCACAGGUAUGUCUAAAAUGUUGGAUAGAGUGGACAAGGCAAACAGAAAGCAGCGGGAUGAAAAGGGUAUUGAAAGUGACAAUGACAGUACUCGAGUAGAAGAGGAAGAGGAUGGCCCUCACUUUGAACCUAUCAUUCCUCUGCCAGAUAAAGUGGAUGUAAAAACUGGAGAAGAGGAGGAAGAGGAGAUAUUCUGUAGCAGAGCCAAACUCUUCCGCUUUGAAAGUGACAGUAAGGAGUGGAAAGAGAGGGGCAUUGGCAGUAUCAAAAUAUUGAGGCACAAGACAUCAGGCAAGGUCCGCCUCCUAAUGAGGAGAGACCAAGUGCUGAAAAUCUGUGCCAACCACUACAUUACUGAGGAUAUGGAGCUUAAGCUCAAUGCUGGCUCCGACAGAUCCUGGGUUUGGCAUGCAGUCGAUUAUGCAGAUGAGAUACCAAAGCCGGAGCAGCUAGCCAUCCGUUUUAAAACUGUUGAAGAGGCAGCCCUUUUCAAGGGCAAGUUUGACCAGGCCCGGAUGUCUAUACGACAAGACCAAAAACAGAAUGUCUCCCCUAAAUGUGUGGUCUCUCAGACAGUGGACGAGAGAGACAUCUCAGAGUUUGGGGCCCAGUUUGCAAAGAAAGAGGGAGAGUGGGAGUGUAGUGUCUGUUGUAUAAGAAACUCUUCUACAGCUAUGUCAUGUGCUGCCUGCCAGAAUGCUAACCCAAAUGUGAAAAUCAAGCCAGAAAUCAAAUCUGCUGAUGGUAAAGGGUUUGUAGCUCCCAUACCUGCUUUGGGGGCUUUUACUUUUCAGUUUGGUACACACGUUCCGAAAACAUCAGGCUCAGAUUCUGCAUCAAUGGGAUUUGGAUCAUUUCCACAAAUACCUACAUCAUUCAAGUUUGGGACUACCACCGACUCGACCACUGCUGGCUUUGUGCAGGUAACUAAAAAGUUAUCUCCAAAGAUAUCUUCAGAAGAUACUGCAGUAAAACCAGCUAGUAGUUCAUCCAGCAGUGGGUUUGGUGCUCAAUUUACCAAGAAGCCUGGUCAGUGGGAUUGUGGCACUUGUGCCGUAAUGAAUGAAGCCACUGCAACUUCCUGCAUUGCUUGUCAGGCUCCAAAUCCUAACCGCAAGUCUUUGAUGGAUUCCACAUCUGCAGUGAAACCAGCUAGUAGUUCAUCUAGCAGUGGGUUUGGUGCUCAAUUUACCAAGAAGCCUGGUCAGUGGGAUUGUGGCACUUGUGCCGUAAUGAAUGAAGCCACUGCAACUUCCUGCAUUGCUUGUCAGGCUCCAAAUCCUAACCGCAAGUCUUUGAUGGAUUCCACAUCUGCAGUGAAACCAGCUAGUAGUUCAUGCAGCAGUGGGUUUGGUGCUCAAUUUACCAAGAAGCCUGGUCAGUGGGAUUGUGGCACUUGUGCCGUAAUGAAUGAAGCCACUGCAACUUCCUGCAUUGCUUGUCAGGCUCCAAAUCCUAACCGCAAGUCUUUGAUGGAUUCCACAUCUGCAGUGAAACCAGCUAGUAGUUCAUCCAGCAGUGGGUUUGGUGCUCAAUUUACCAAGAAGCCUGGUCAGUGGGAUUGUGGCACUUGUGCCGUAAUGAAUGAAGCCACUGCAACUUCCUGCAUUGCUUGUCAGGCUCCAAAUCCUAACCGCAAGUCUUUGAUGGAUUCCACAUCUGCAGUGAAACCAGCUAGUAGUUCAUCCAGCAGUGGGUUUGGUGCUCAAUUUACCAAGAAGCCUGGUCAGUGGGAUUGUGGCACUUGUGCCGUAAUGAAUGAAGCCACUGCAACUUCCUGCAUUGCUUGUCAGGCUCCAAAUCCUAACCGCAAAUCUUUGAUGGAUUCCACAUCUGCAGUGAAACCAGCUAGUAGUUCAUCUAGCAGUGGGUUUGGUGCUCAAUUUACCAAGAAGCCUGGUCAGUGGGAUUGUGGCACUUGUGCAGUAAUGAAUGAAGCCACUGCAACUUCCUGCAUUGCUUGUCAGGCUCCAAAUCCUAACCGCAAGUCUUUGAUGGAUUCCACAUCUGCAGUGAAACCAGCUAGUAGUUCAUCCAGCAGUGGGUUUGGUGCUCAAUUUACCAAGAAGCCUGGUCAGUGGGAUUGUGGCACUUGUGCAGUAAUGAAUGAAGCCACUGCAACUUCCUGCAUUGCUUGUCAGGCUCCAAAUCCUAACCGCAAGUCUUUGAUGGAUUCCACAUCUGCAGUGAAACCAGCUAGUAGUUCAUCCAGCAGUGGGUUUGGUGCUCAGUUUACCAAGAAGCCUGGUCAGUGGGAUUGUGGCACUUGUGCCGUAAUGAAUGAAGCCACUGCAACUUCCUGCAUUGCUUGUCAGGCUCCAAAUCCUAACCGCAAGUCUUUGAUGGAUUCCACAUCUGCAGUGAAACCAGCUAGUAGUUCAUCCAGCAGUGGGUUUGGUGCUCAAUUUACCAAGAAGCCUGGUCAGUGGGAUUGUGGCACUUGUGCAGUAAUGAAUGAAGCCACUGCAACUUCCUGCAUUGCUUGUCAGGCUCCAAAUCCUAACCGCAAGUCUUUGAUGGAUUCCACAUCUGCAGUGAAACCAGCUAGUAGUUCAUCCAGCAGUGGGUUUGGUGCUCAAUUUACCAAGAAGCCUGGUCAGUGGGAUUGUGGCACUUGUGCAGUAAUGAAUGAAGCCACUGCAACUUCCUGCAUUGCUUGUCAGGCUCCAAAUCCUAACCGCAAGUCUUUGAUGGAUUCCACAUCUGCAGUGAAACCAGCUAGUAGUUCAUCCAGCAGUGGGUUUGGUGCUCAAUUUACCAAGAAGCCUGGUCAGUGGGAUUGUGGCACUUGUGCAGUAAUGAAUGAAGCCACUGCAACUUCCUGCAUUGCUUGUCAGGCUCCAAAUCCUAACCGCAAGUCUUUGAUGGAUUCCACAUCUGCAGUGAAACCAGCUAGUAGUUCAUCCAGCAGUGGGUUUGGUGCUCAAUUUACCAAGAAGUCUGAUCAGUGGGAUUGUGAGACUUGUGCAGUAAGGAACGAGGCCGCUGCAAAGUGCUGCAUUGCUUGUCAGGCUCCAAAUUCUUGCAUGUCUUCUAAGUGGGAUUGUGACAUUUGUGCAGUUAGGAAUGAGGCCAAUGCAACUCAUUGUGUUACCUGCCAGGCUCCCUUCAAAAUCCAGAUGUUAGAUGAACCAUGGGAUUGUGAGAAAUGUUUGACAAGAAAUGAAUCCUCUUCAAUUCACUGUGUUUCCUGUAGGACCCCUAAUUCAAGUGCCAGCUUCAAAGCCACACCUUUACGUUCAGGCUUUAGUUCAAAUCUGAAAUCGCCAGAGCAAUUUCCUAGGUUCAGUGAUCCCAGCAACUUUAAAUUUGGUCAAGCUGACGAGAAGGGUCCCCAUCCAUCUAUGGUUGAACUGAAGUCGCCCACCUCUUCUUCUAGCAGUGGCUUUUCUUUUUCAAUGCCAACCCCUACUGGGGGGUUUAAGUUUGGAAUUCAGGAACCUGUAAAAGAGAUUUCUUCAUAUAAGACUUCAAUAGCCACUUUUGAAUCCUUUCCAGAAAACUCUAGUAAUGAAUCUAAAGAAAAAGAAAACCAUGGUACAGAUGUCACCAAGUCAUAUUUUCAAGCUCAAGGUGAACAAGGCGAAGGUCCAACAUUUCAUUUCAAACCGUACACAUUAACAUUUGCAGAUUUAAGCAGAUCCUCUCAGGGUGACUUUCAAUUUCAGCAUAACGACCCUGACUUUAAAGGCUUCACCCAAGGAAGUGAACAGGUUUCUACAUCACUUCAGCCUCCUGUUAAAAUGAAUUCCUCUGUUCAAGAUGAAGAUGACAUGUACAAGACUGAGGAGAAUGAUGACAUUCAGUUUGAACCUGUAGUCAAGAUGCCAGAGAAAGUGGAUCUGGUCACAGGGGAGGAAAACGAGGAUGUGUUGUAUUCUCAGCGUGUUAAGCUUUUUAGAUUUGAUGCAGAUUCUAGCCAGUGGAAAGAGAGAGGUGUUGGAAAUCUGAAGUUUCUGAAAAACAAAGAAAAUGGAAGGCUUAGAGUGCUUAUGAGGAGAGAACAGGUGCUCAAGGUUUGUGCCAACCACUGGAUCAACACCACUAUGAAUCUGAAGCCUCUCUCUGGAUCUGAUAGAGCUUGGAUGUGGCUUGCUAAUGAUUUCUCUGAUGGUGAUGCCAAGCCGGAGCAGCUUGCUGCCAAGUUUAAAACACCAGACUUGGCAAAAGAAUUUAAGCUAAAGUUUGAGGAGUGUCAGAAACUUCUCCUGGAUAUACCUUUGCAGACUCCUCACAAACUGAUUGACUCUGGAAGAACCGCACAUCUCAUUCAAAAAGCAGAAAAGAUGAAAUCUGGCUUAAAACAUCUGAAAUCUUUCUUGACUGAUGAUAAAGCAAAAAUCAGCCAAGAUGAAGGUCAAGUCAGUACUGCAACUGCUUCCGACACUUCGAGGUUGGUCCUCAAAAGCAAUGCGGACAGUACAAUCCCUACUUUGGAAUGGGAAGAUUAUAACUUGCAAAAAGAACCCUUGCAUGAUGGUUCAGAAGCCUCUCUGUGUGCUUCCCCAUCAUGUAACAGUCCUGUUCAGAGGGCAUUGUUUCGUUUUGGAGAGUCAACAUCUGAUUUCAACUUCAGUUUCCAGCCUAUUGUCACCCCCACCAAAUCUCCAUCAAGAGUUAACCAGAGCAGAAUAUCUGUUGGCACAGAUGAGGAAUCUGAAACAACUCAAGAAGACGACAGGGAUGGGCAGUUUUUUGAACCCAUUGUGCCCUUACCUGAUCUGGUGGAUAUCUCUACAGGUGAGGAAAAUGAACAGGUGGUGUUCAUCCACAGAGCAAAGUUGUUCCGUUAUUCUAAAGAUCUUCAGCAGUGGAAAGAGAGGGGUAUUGGGGAUAUCAAAAUACUGCAAAACAAUGAUUCCAAAUGUGUACGGCUUGUUAUGAGGCGAGAUCAGGUGCUCAAACUGUGUGCUAAUCAUUGGAUUACCUCUGACAUGAAGCUGGAACCCAUGAAAGGUGCCGAAAAGGCAUGGGUGUGGAGUGCUUUUGACUUUGCAGAAGGCAAGGGUAUCAUUGAGCAACUGGCUGUUCGCUUUAAAUCACAGGAAGUAGCAAAUUCUUUUAAAGAUGCUUUUGAGAAAGCUAAGGAUGCUCAGGAAAACAAGGUUCUGGUCUCACCCAUUUCACCUGGGGAAGCUCCCUCACAAGAGGCUCUCUCUUUGAAGCCUGCUGCUGUGAUGUUGAAAGAAACUUCUCAAGAAAAUCUUUCUCAUGGGUCAUGUACCUCAGACAGUAUGACGGCUGCCCUAUUCAUGGCACACUCUCAUAACCCAUCUGCAGCUGUGGUUUCACCACCAAAAUUUAUCUUUGGCUCAGACUCUGUCCAAAAAAUCUUUGGAAGCCCAACAUCUUGUACACAGAAUGUUUCCAGUAAGAUUAAACCAAAAGAGAAAGCACUCCCUGAUUCAUCCCCAAGCUUCAAGAUUUCCGUCAGUGCCUCUCAGCCCUCACUAAGUCCCAUGAUGCCUGCAUUCAGAGUUCCAGAGGGAGGAUUGGAUUUUAGGCUUUUCAAAGAUAAUCCAAUGGCAUUUUGGACCAGCGCAGCACCCAACCGAUUCGAACCUCAAGUUGCGAGUGACAGUAAAGGCAGAACAGACAUCGCAGACAAGAGUGAAGAUGUGGAGGAUGUCCAGAUCGUGUUUGUGCGUGAGCCCACCAGUGAGCAAGCGCGCCUGGCUCGGGAACUCCUGCUGCCCGUCACCUUCUUCUGUUAUCAGAAUGAGCCCGACUAUGUCAGUGAUGAUGAGGAUGACGAUGAAGACUUUGAGAUGGCAGUGAGGAAGCUUAAUGGGAGGCUGUAUCCCAGUAACGCUGAAGGUGCCACAGUGCAGGAGAAAGAAUCCAGUGGAAAAGGGCUGGGUGAUGGAGUUGCGACCUGCGGGGGAGUACCUGUAACUGAACUGGGCGGAGACAAGUGCCUCCAGCAUCCCCACACAGAGGCUGACAAGGGUAUACAGAGGAGAGAACAGUUGUCUCUUUCCGCCGUGUCCAGCAGCAGCGACGCCACUGUGAAAGUGACUAAGGGCGUGCUCAUAGUCCCUGAAAGCCAGCCUGAUUCCACAAGUGAUGCUUGCCCAGUCUUUGUGGCUGGAGAUAGCUGCCCCAUUGACCUGUCCGCCAAGAAAAGCAAUGAGCCAGACUCCACCACUAAAGAUGCUUUUUCAUUUGGGAUUCAGUCAGUGGGGACAGUUUCCUUUGCAGACCUUGCAAAGAGUUCAGGGGAAUAUGCUUUUGGAAAACAAGAUUGCAGUUUUACUUGGGCUAAUGCAGGAGCCACUGUGUUUGGGACUGGUAUCGUGUCCCAACGAACAGAAGAUGAGGGGAAGAAUGACGAUGCAGAGGUCCCCUCCAGUGACGAUGUCCAUUUUGAGCCUAUUGUUCACCUGCCAGAGGUGGAGAUAAAGUCUGGUGAGGAAGAUGAAGAGGUCCUUUUCAAAGCGCGGGCCAAGCUUUACCGCUGGGACCGUGACCUGGGCCAGUGGAAAGAGCGUGGUGUAGGAGACAUCAAGAUCCUCUGCCAGCCACAAAAAUGUUACUACAGAGUCCUCAUGCGAAGGGAGCAGGUUCUCAAAGUUUGUGCUAAUCACACUAUCACCACGGCUAUGGAGCUGAAGCCUAUGAGUUCCUCCAGCAAUGCUCUGGUGUGGACUGCCACCGACUACUCUGAGGAAAAUGAGAAGGUGGAGCAGCUGGCAGCUAAGUUUAAAAAUGAAGAACUGGCAGAGUCCUUCAAGAAGAUCUUUGAGGAGUGCCAGAGCCGUUUGACUCAAGUGGAACCUUCCCAGACCCCUGGCCAUCUUUAGUUUUCCAGCAGAGACUAAGGGGGGGACAUGAUCCAGGGUGGUUUCAUAACCAAGCAGGAUGGAACAGGAGGAAAGUCCAACCAUGGAAAUAAGUUUGAAGAUGAGAACUUUGUUGUGAGACAUCAGGCCAGGUCUGCUGUCCAUGGUGAACCGCGACAGAAAUACCACCAUGGGAGUGGUCACAUAGAUGGGACAUAUUGGCUCAGUGGGGAGCCAGUUAAAUGCAUAGUUAUUACAGACUGUGGGUAGCUCUAACCGACUCUCAACACUCUGCACUGUGUGCAUUUUGUAUGUGUGGUUUUGUAAAUGUCUUUAUAUUAAUUAAUAAAGUAUAAAUUUUAUUAUAUCUUUUCAAUGCCCGGAUUGUGGAGUGGAACGAUGAUGAAGAAAUUCUGUUUAAGCACAUUGUUUCCAAAAUUUCCUGUUUGUUAUCACUGUAAAAAAAAAAUUAAAAUAA